UUAUACACAUCAUAAUUCUGUUGAGAAUUACACUCCAGAUUUUCCCAUGUAUAUCAAUUAAAAAAAAUAAACCAGAUUUUAAAAAAAAAAUUUAUAACAUUCAAACUAAAAUAAUAAUACCAAAUAUGAUGAUUUCACCAAAACAAAUGGUGUACAUAAAUUCAGAAAAGCCCUAUAUGUAAAUUACAUAUAUAUAUUCAUUCUGGACAUUCUGCUUUUGUUGCUUUCAUAUAUGGAAUGCGUUCACAUACUGCCUUUAGCCUUCUCUCUUGUUCACACAUUUAUAAGAACCUUACUACUGCUCUUACAACUACUCUUACUAUCCAACAAAAGCACUAAUAUGAAAGUAUGUGAGAUUUGCUGUAAGCGUUUCUCCAAUGGCAAAGCCUUGGGUGGUCACAUGAGAUCUCACAUGGCAAAGCUUCCUCUGCCACUGCCGCCGCCGCUGCCGAUUGAUGAUACCAUAUCUCAGUCUGCAUCUUCAUCUUAUAAGACUUUACAAAUGUCAUCUGAUAGUGAGACUGAGAGCGACCAAUCAUCUUAUUAUGAAUACGUCAAGAAGAGGAAGGAUACUGUCAUGGCAGCCACAUCUGGGAGGAGAUCCAAACGGCGUCGUUUGUCGGCUGUUGGUCGUUGUGAUGAUAACGAUGAAGUCUUAUCUGUAGAAGAAGCCGCCAUGUUUUUAAUGGAUCUUUCCAACGACACAUGGUGCAGAAAGAAAAAGGAAAGUGGGGAAGUACAACCAAUGUUUAAGUGUGGAACGUGUCGAAAAGUAUUUAGUUCUUAUCAAGCUCUUGGUGGACACAAAGCCAAUCAUAAGAAAAUCAAGAAGUAUAAUUAUGAAGAGGAAGAAGAAUACAAAGAAGAAGAAGAAGAAGAAGAAGAAGAAAAGGUUAAAGUAAGUGCUGAAAAUAGAGCACUAGUUCCUCAAGCUCUCGAGCCUGCCCGGAAAAAAACAUUUCAGUGCUCAUUUUGCUCAAAAAAUUUCAGUUCGGGUCAAGCACUUGGUGGACACAAAAAGAUUCACUACUCUACUAAUUUACCAAUUAUUACUAGUACUACCACUAGUAGAAAGUUUAAUUUGAUGAUAGAUCUUAAUAAAUUUCCAUUGGAAGUUGAAUGAUGUACUGAGACAAUGUUUUAUUUUAUUUUUUAGGUUAGCUAUUUGGUUUUUAGUUUUAUGCAUAUUUUGAAUGUUUUCAAUUAGUCUAUCUGUAUUUUGAAUAGCUCUAAACUGGUGCGUGAAUGUGGUUGUGCAUUUGCCUCUUCAUUUUUUUUCCUUAUUAGAUUAAACACAUUGAUUUUUUUUUUAAUUUUUUUUUUUUGAAUGUUUUUGAAUUUUCCCGAAAGAAACUGCUGGUAAUACAGAUACUUAAUUCUAUUCUACUUUCCAAGUCACACGUUUUACACAUUUUAUUCUUAUCU